AGUCGAUAGGAAUGUGGCUGUUGUUGUUAGUGGUUGUCGUGGUGAUUACUACUGAAGUAGAUGCUCGGAGAACUAGAAGCAAAUCGAAAACCAGACUCGUGAUCAAAUACAGGAAGAAAACUAAAACCCGUACAAAUCGCUCUAUCGAGGACAUAUUGACACUACCCUGUGACGUCAGCGAGUUCGACACCGAUAAAGAUGGCGUCAUCAGCAGAAUGGAAUGGCAGGCCUACAUAACAGAGUAUAAUCCAUUGCUGAACUCCGCUGAAUACGUGGAUCUUAUCAUUCAAAAGCUCGAUACAAGUGGCGACGGAGUUCUUCAAUUGGAGGAGUUUUCUUUGGAUACCGAGUUCAAGAAGGAUUGUCUUCGGGAGGAUGACAUCGCUUAUGAGAACAAUAUUUACUAUUAGAACGGAUGAAACUAUGAUACACCAUCAGGAAGAUGACAACAGAACCAUUCACUGCAGCCCUGAUAGUCAUACAUUGUGUUGUGAUAAAUACGCAUAUAGUGUUUGAAUUUUUCGCAAAACAGUUGUGUCAUUAAACAAAUUUGAAAAUGUAAA